CCUACUUUACAAGAUGGAGAAGUUACCGAGAUAGGUGAUGCGGAGAAUUUCAGGUGCAAAUGUUUGGCGAAGCUUCGCUCCUUCUUAUAAAAGGAAAUGAUUACUCUCGCAAAGAAAAUUAAGGAAGAGCGGGAUAAGAAGGAAAAGGGCGAUCACGGGACAGGAAACACGAAAAGCGGGAGAACAUCUAUACGUGACAAAUUGCUAACCAAAGGUAGAAUCUAGAAACUGUUACGCAGUUUGUUCAUGUACGCCUUUUGCGCCAUAAAAUGAUUAAAUUAACGUCCCCCCAUCAUUAAUUGUUGAAAAAUGGACCUGAUUUUUAGCUUUUUUCAGCUUUUAUCUCGGUAUAUGAACAAUUUUUCCCUGUAGUUUUUUCUUACGCUUUCCUUUUUCCGUUUUAAGAAGUGACAGAACUCGAGGAAAAUGUACCGGGUGAGUUAAUAGCUACAAAUAUAUCGUAUUUAUUAUUGCUGCGUUUGUUUUAAACAUGAAAAUGUGGUUAUUGCCUGCAUAUUAGAAGACUCACUGCUACAAAGUUGUAGUUUGAUUAUUUUUGUGUUUAAAUCUUUUGACGUUAGCACUCGCUUGUAUACUUACUGACUAUAAUUUUCUUUGCUCUGGUUAACAUUAAGAACGAGUACUGGAUUAUGUUUUAUGGUAUAACUUGGCUGUUAUGUAACCUAAACUCGGGGUUUUUAAUAAAUAUAGAAGAAAUGUAGAAGCAGCUGAAUAGUGUAAAGCAACAUCAGAAUUUAUUACAUAACGGCUCUGCAUUUGAAUUGUAAAUUUCUCAGGCCAUCGAAAAUCAGCUGGAGAACUCUUCAACCUCCCUCAUUAAAUUGGCACCCUAAUCGCUUACUGGUUGUUAUGAGUGCAUCAAAGCACUGAAAUCCUACUUACACCGUUUUAAAAAAAGUGUUGCUGUUAUUAUGAUUUUUAAGUCAGACAUACAAAUUUAUAGGACUGGAGAACAUUUGUGAAUAGAGAAGAUCAUGCUAAACUGUGGAUAGAAAAUUCUUCUUUAUCCUUAAAAUAAUGAUUUGUGAUUUAAUAAGUGAAAAUACUGCUUUAUGUUUAUACUUUACAGAGCCAGGUUUAGAUGUUGAUUUGUGAAAAACUUGUUAGUGCAUUUCAGUCAGCACUGCACAUGAUUUGAUGUUUUUUUAAGAAUAAACAUUGCAAGAAUUUUUCAAAUGAACAUUUUUCUUGUAUUUUCCUCACAGAAUCCUGUCAAGUUGACUUUAAGGAUCCAAACAUUCUUCAUGAGUUCACUCUGACUGUAACACCAGGUUAGAAAAUGAAAGUUUUCUUAAGUGCUGUGAAGGCUCUCUCCAAAUUUUCAACACCAAUGAUAUCAUACUGUUUUGCAAAUGAAGGCCACAUAACCUGGUCCACAUGAGGCACUAACCUUUUGACCCCUAAGAGUGACUAGCAUCUAAUUUCUCCUUACCAUAUCAACCCUGAAUCACAUAUUAAGGUCACAAGAAUAAAGAAAAUAAUCACCAACCAAAGAGGCUCUUGAUUGUUAAAUUCUCCAGGUCAGCACCUUAAGAAAUGUAUAGAGAACAGUAUAAGGAAUGUGCGUACAGAUGUAAAGGUGUAAAGGGUGAAACACAAGCAAAGUGGCCCAAACUACAAGAUUUAUCCUAGUUUCCAUAGCAUUUCUGGGCCCCUGAUGGAUGGGAUGUUACCUAUUUUAGGUUACUCCCAUGACCCUGCCUCAGCUCCCUCUGCCUUUUAUCAGAGUUUCCUCGCUCUAUACAAGUACGCAUUCACACCCCUGAGUAGAGCCUGGUCCACUUGAAUUGUGAAAAUUAACUUUAGGCUUGUCUUCUAGUAGCAGAUCCAUAAGAAUGCAAGCAGCCUUUUUUCUUACCAUUUGUAUUAUUUGCAUUGCAUUCAAAUGAAGCAUCUCAUCAACUAGACAAGCUUCCAUGCGUAACCCUUAAAUUCAGUGGUGAUUGUGUACAACCUCUUGAGGUUUCAAUAUAUUCUGUUACAAACAGGUUAUGAGAACAAACAAACUUAUCAGCUAAUAAACAAUAAUUAUUUCAUGAUCGGGUGUUGGAUAUGAGAUGAUAGAUAGCCAACAAGGCCCAUAGGCCUGAAGUGGCUAUAAUCAUCUCAUAUCCAAUAAGUGCCAGUGGAAUAAUUGUUUUAUGAAAAAUGCCCCAAAAGAUAGAUAAAGCUUUCCAACUUUAUUUUGUAAACUUUAUUAAUUUUUUUUUUUUUUUGAGUUAUACACUUUCUUUAUUUGUAGAGCAUGGUAUAAUGGCUCAUAACCCUUGAUGGCUAAGCCAAUGAAAACUCUUGAAUUGCAUUAUCCAAUGAUCCAAGAAAAUGAAUGACACUGAUACGGAGAAUUAAUGUUGGGAUCUGGAGAAUUAAAAAAACCUUACAAUUUUAAGAUAGCAAAAAGGCUUGACUGCUUGUCAACCAAUCCUUUGGAACCCAAAAAUGUUGUUCAGAGUUAUCCUUGUUGAUUUAACACAAUUUUCUUUUAUUUUCUUCACUUUUAGGAGAGGGUUAUUGGAAGGAUGGAAUUUUUAUAUUUCAUAUUAUGAUACCAGAAGAGUAUAAUAUAAAGGUGGGUUUAUAUUAACCCUCUAAUUCCCAGAUCAAAUUUGUCAUUCUCCUUACUGUCAACUACACAAUUCUUAUAUUGUUAGUUCAGAGAAUUUAGUAUUGGAUCAGCUAAUUAUCCCCAAAUUGAUAUUUUUCUUUAUUCUCAUCACUUAUCUGGUUGUUGUUUAAUUGAUAUCAUCAGGAGAAAUUCUGUCUUGGUCACUUAUGGGAGUUAAAGGGUUAAAUCUGUUUGUAAUAAUCCAAUAAUUUUAACUCCUCACUCUCAAAAGUGAUCAGUUUUGUUAACUCUCCAUGUGAUCUGGAAAUAAUAUCAAACAGGCAAGUUUUGAGAAUUCAGCAAAUUAUCAACUGAGGAAGAAUGUUAAGAUACAAUACCAAAUUCUCACAACAAACUAACAAAAAAAAUUGAUCUUUUAGGAGAAUAUGUGCAGAACGGUGAAAAAGGUUUUUAGACUGUUAGUUACAUUCUUGAACAAAUGAUUUUUAAUAUUUCCUUAUUCUUUGCUUACUUUUCUUUUCUUGGUGUAAAUAUUUUUUUCAAUGAAAAAGAUUAAACUGAAAGUUGAGUGAAAAAUAACAAUUAAUCAAGAUUUCACUGAUCUGUGGGUAUAUUAAAGAGAAAUUAAAGGAAAUUCCAGUUGUUGUGAAAAACUCAUUUUUUAUUCAAUUGAUUUAAGAGUUUGUUUUUGCAUUAUUUGGCAUUAUUUCAGCCACCUAAUGUUUGGUGUGAAACAAAAAUCUGGCAUCCAAACAUAAGUGAGAAUGGAGAAGUCUGUUUGAGGUAUGUAUAUGUAUAUAUUUAGGAAUACUCUGAUUUCAAUUCCUAAUGAUAGAGAUUUUCUAUCUAUCAGACUUUAUAAUAAAGUUUGGAUAUAACGUGCGCUGUCAUUGGCUGAAAGAGUGUGCUCGAUGAGAGUAUAGAGCAUAGAGCUGAGCUAAAGCUGUCAUGCUAUCUGCCAAAUUGUACUAUGUUCGACCUUUUCUGGGCCUUUUUUUUAGCUUUUAUCCAAUAAUUGAAAGUAAAAUUUCAGAACAAGUGAGCCGGCAAGUAGCAACAGAAGAACCAAACAAACAUUUGUAAACAUACCAGGCGCCGUGAUUUACGUUAUUAAAAUGUGAGCAGAUACAAAAAUCCUCAAAGGAAAAACGAAAUAGACAUUCCGAGUUUUAAAGAUUUUGAUGCUCAGUUAGAUAGCAAGCUUACGUACGGUAAUAUAGUAUAUAAUAAUAAUAUAUAAUAUAGUAUAUAAAGCACUUAGGAAGCGGCUAGACUACGUCUUGUGUUUCUCCCUACACUUCUUUUGUGCUCUAGCCGCUUCCUGCGUGCUUUAUAACAGAACAGAGCACAGUCAAGGCUUCUCUAUUUGUUAAAUAAAGGACAUUUCAAGGGCUUUGUUCGCUUGACUGUGAUUAAUUUUUAAUUAGUUGCACAUUCAUGUGAUUAUUGUUGUGGCUAUGUAAUCCUGUAAUACCUAAGAGACCAGUGUCUAAUUUCUCUAUACAGUAUCCCCCCUGAAUGAAUCAAUAAGUUUGUUAGAUUAAUGGAAAUGAUUAUCAAUUAAAGAAGCUCUUGAUUGUGAAACAAAUUAUUUUUGUCAGUAUUGUAGGAAAUGUAUAGAGGACAGAAUGGAAACAUAGGUACUGAUGUUAGGGUGAAAAUAGUUAAUAAAAUGGUUAAUAUAACAAAAAUUGUUUUAUAUUUAUGCGCAGCUUGUUGAGGGAACACACUCUUGAUGGGUCUGGAUGGGCACCGACAAGAAAAUUAAAGGUCAGUCUGAGGUGGCACUGCCAGUGUUGAAAUGGUUUUGUGUAUGUUGCAAUAUUAUCAAAAAACUUUUUUUUUCUGCAUGCAGCUAGUUUAACUCUUUUUAAAAACUCUGAGAUGGGUGAGCAUCUAAUACUUCAAACAGUAUCACCCUAAUUCAAACAUUCUAGCAUAGCAUGAUGUCUUUUUUCUUCUACCACUGACUGAUUUCAUAUCUUUCCUCAGGAUAUAGUGUGGGGCCUGAAUUCUUUGUUUACAGUAAGUUAUGAUUAUAUCAUCUCACCAAACAGAUUGAAAAUAUUAAUAAUGGUAAUAGCAGAGCUUGCAGAGCAUAGCCCCAUAAUUAUACAAAAUAGUAGUAACCCAUCAAGCCAAAAAAAUAUGGAUGUAUGACUGUACGACUGUACAAGGUGCUACUUUUAUCAUGCGUGGUCAACUGUACCACGGGCACACCUAUGCCACGGCUUUGUUCAGUAGUCCAGUGGUCAGUGCACUGGACUCCGAGUCGAAUGACCCAGGUUCUAGUCCUGGCCGGGGCAAGGCAUUGUGCCCUUGAGAUGUGUGGGGGGAAAAAAAAAGUGAGCUCCACUUUUAGGCUUGGCUAAAUCUAUAUACCGGUAUUAGGACUUCAUAUCAUCCAAUUUAGUCCAAGGCUGUGCUCUAGCGGCGCCCGGUCGCCUCAGUCGACUAACAUUUGGUCUCGGGCGACUGAAAAAGAAAAGCGGUCGCCCGUCCGGGUGCAUAGAUUUCGGCUUGUGUGAAAACUCGAAACGAAACCAGCAAACGUAUAGAAACGGAACGGAACGGAACGAAACAAAAAGAAACUCCAUCGUGCUCCCCGGCUCCCGCUAGCCCGAAAAGCAGUUUCAACAGUGGAGCGCGUGUUUAAUAAAACGAAACCGUCCUUGAUGCAAAUUUGUGUUUAUUUAAUUAGCUUCGUCCGUGGCAUGCAAGAUGUUUAUCAGCACCAUAUUUGGCGACUUGCUCUCAAUUGUGAUCAUUCGAUCAAAAUUUGACGAAAAUGAAACUUUAAUAUAAGAACCCUUUUGUUUCGAAACCUAUUUUAGUGAUCUUCAAAGAAAUUUUCUUAGCGGUUUUAACAUGUAUGUGGUUAAUGUAUAACAGGAUUUCAUGAUAUCACAAGUUCGCCAAAAUAGAGUACGUGACUGCUAAAUAUAGUAACUCGCUCCGCCGCCCGUGCCCGGUGAAGUGAAUAUUGAACGAGAGAGAUUAAAGAUGAAACUGUUUGGCAAUUCUGCGGAUUCCCUGGAACUGUAAGAAGUAUACAACGCUACUCUUUCAAAACGUCACGGAUUAGUAAAGAUUGUCAUUCAGCAAUGGUUUCCUCGGCCGGAAGUCGCACAAACUUGCAAUCAAGUUUUAAUUAAACAUCCUAUCAAUGGUUUCGUCUACUUUCUGAAAAUUUUAACUUUCUUGCAAAUAGUAAGUUGCAAUGACGAAGGCUAUAUCGGUUUUAACCCACCGAAAAAAGACCAAUUUGCAAACUUCAAAAUCAAAACAAAUAUGAAGUUCUCUAUUUGAACAUGGACAAAAAUUAACUUUUCAAGGUUCAACAUAACAAAAAAACCUGAUUUUAAUCUCCGGCUUAGAAAAAGAAGUAAAUUGUUUCUUUCUCUGACAAUUAUCAGCUGCUAUCGCUUUUAAAAUAUUUUGAUUGUAUGUUGGUUUUAGAGAGUAUAAUUUUCUGGAUAAUGGAAGACGUUAAAAAAAGCAAACAAAAUAUUAAACUUGUGCGUGUCCAGAAUUCUCUGGUAUCUAAAACGUGUUUUGAAAAUAUGUACCAUAUAUGUAUGAUAACCAAUAAAUAUGUAUGAGAGCUAGAUAAACUUUGAAGUCCAUCCAUGAAUCAAAAUCUUUGAAUAAGGAUUUUUUUAUUGUUAAUUAUUAACUAAUUCAACUAUAAAAUAGAUUAUUAAUUAAUUAAUCAAUUAAUUAUUAAUUAAUUAAUCAAUUCGGGCGACCAACAUGGAAGGCUGGGCGACCUACUUGUCAUGGUUAGGCGCCUGAAGGGCUCCCUGAAAAUUUUCCUAGAGCACAGCCUUGUAGUCUGUCAUCAUGCAAGAGAUGAACAAAAGAAGGAGUCUGAUUUGUUAAUCACUAGUAUGAUUACAAAAAGAAUUGGGUGACAUGAAGUCCUUUUACCAAUUAUUACUGAGAUAAUCAAUACUGUGACAAAAUUUUAGAAACAAACUAGGCGUUGUCAUAAAAAACAACUAACAGUUAACAUGACAACAGCUUGAACACAUGAGACACAUACACUGUCUUAUUGCACUGUCCAAUUACAAGCAUAAAGUGUGCAUUGUCUUAUUAGUGCUCAAAUUUGGCUGGUAAUAACCAAUCAUAUUCAAGAAUUUUGUUGAAGUUUGAUUAUAUUUAAAAAAUAUAUAAUAUAUUUAUAUAUUUGUGUCUAUGAGCAUUUCAUACAUUCAAUAAUAUGACUAACUCCUGAUACAAUGCUACAUUACAUAAGUGGCAUAUUGGGUGUGUUCUGUUGCCCCAGUAUGGUUGAUUGGUGGAAUAAUAAUGAUGUACCGGUAUAUAUCAUUGCUUUUAGGACUUGCUGAAUUUUGAUGACCCACUUAAUGUAGAGGCUUCAGAAUUAUAUUUUAAGAACAAGGUAAGUUUUCAGAACCAAUCUAGUGAAACCUUCAUUUAGCAAACCUCAUCUUGAGCAGAUGUGUGGGAGAUGGGAUGGCCUAAUUUUUGGUGUGCUGUACUCAGGGCCCAGAGGUAUGGGUUUAAGAUCUGGCCAAGUCAAUGUAUUAAGCUCUUGAGCAUAACACUUAACUCUCACCAUGCCCCUCUCCACCCAGGGGUGUAACUGGGUACUAGCAAAUUGUCAGAGAAGCCUGAUGAAAUGCUUAGGGAUAACUUUGCAAUGGGUGGGCCACUUAUCUUAAUACAGACUUCACCUUUACUACAUGGUGAACUUGCUGUUAAUUUUCAUAAUAACCUUCAAACAGGAAUCAUUUCGAAGACGAGUUGAAGACUAUAUCAGACUGUAUGCAUCCCCCAGAAGAUAACAUACAACACAGCCAGCAGCAUGGAAUCACCAGCUCCUGGCCGGUGUCCUUGGUCUCUCAAAUAAAUUAUUUAUCAGUAGCAAUAGUUGUAAUAGAUCAUAGAUUGAUUUUGUAAGUACUGUAAGAGUAUGAUUAAGCCAAAGUUUAUUCUGCAUGAAGUUUAGCUCCCAGAAGAGUGAAUCUACAAUUUACUUCAUGUAUCUAGUGAGCUGUGUAAUGUUUAGUUAAUUGUAAUCUAUGGAUCACCAGUUGAUAGGUGUCCUUUUUCUUUCACUCUCUCGUCUUUAUUUAUUCCUUCUUUUCUUAAAUCUGUGACUUCUCUCAGACGUUUGUCUGUCUGUCUGUCAGUAUUUUUGUCUAUCUGUCUAUCAGUCUGUUGAAGUCUGUCUGGCCAUUCAAUUCUCUUUUUAUCUGUCCAUUCAACUGACUAUCUGCCCUUCCAUCUUUCUAUCUAUCUGUCUUUUCUGCCUUUCUGACCAUUGGUCUGUUUGACUGUCUGUCUUUGGGUACGUCUGUCUAAUUUGUCUUUCUGUCCACUUAUCGAUUUUGGGCUCUUUAAAAUCAAAAUACAAGAUCAAGGCCAUUUUUUAUAUGAUUUUCUCAAAAGCUUUCAUGUCAAAAAAAAUAUAUCAAAAAAAUAUCAAAAUAGGGAAACGUAAGUUAAGACAUAAAAUGAUCAAGCAGGAAAUUGUCUUGAUCUAAGAUUUCCGAUCAUUUUCCAAAGAUUACCGAAAAGUAACGGGAAGUUACAGGAGUAUUUUCCUUAUCUAAACCUUUCAAAUAGGAACAGUGCAGUGAUCAAAGAAUUUGCUUGAGUAAAACCUUAUAUAGCGGUUUCUCGGGUGCACUAUGAAAGGAGAGGCCUCUUUGCGCUCGUUUUCGCUGCUUUGCCGCUCAACACUACCAUAGAAGGCCAGUCACACAGGCUAUUGAACUAAAGCAAUGAUUUGGGAAAGUGUAAAUCUUUGUAUGAGGUGCAAAACUACAAAAGAAGGUAAUUCCUUUUUUUAAGUACAAAAUUUUUUGUAAUAUUUAAUAUCACUAUGGCAAAUAUAAAGCUAAGUUACUCACCCAAAGUGUGCGACACUUCUGUUUUCACUUCUUGAUUCAAGUAGUGUUUAAAAGAGUCACUAACACUUCCAGAAUCUUUAUUCGUUAUUGACUCUCGCAGAACCAAAUUAUGUUUCCUUGCGGGAAGUUUAUGUCAACUUGGGGAGCCGGGUUUUUUUCAGGAACCUUUCCCCGUGCAGGCUGGUCGCAUUUCCCGGUUGGUUCCAAUCACCGCACCCACUGGUUCUCCGUGUACCCACUCUCCCUCCAACCGAACAUGGAACAUCGUGACGAACAAACCAACCUGCUUGCAUGACUGACGGGAUUUCUUGUACGCGAAAUACAACCAACUACGCUUGCCGAAGAUGUUCUGAGGAUUUUUUUUACCCCAUAAUUGUUUUAUAAAUAGGCCUAUUUCAUAUCUCGAAG